UCUCUAUCUCUAUCUUCCUCCUAGUUUAUUCUUUUCCUUCCCUUCUUUCUCCUUGGCUGUGUGCACUCUCCCAUUUGCCCUCGCAGCGACACCCUCACUCUUCAUGUCUCUCUUAGUCUUUCGACGAACAACGGGGCAUCUUGAAUUUCCUCUUUCGACUCUCAGCUUCUCGCCUCUCUCCGUCUCUUGUUUGAGCCACAUAACAUGGAGUCUCGUCUGAGCCCCAUUGAGUCACCGACGACGUCUCGUUCUCAUCACUCUUGUCUCAGCCCCUCCAACGACGGCCAUUAUUGCAGAUUUGGGUCUAUCAACAUGACAUGUUCAGUAGUAAGCAGUGAUAAUCUUUCUUCUGUAAUGAGGCAAUCUCAGGUUGGAAAUGCAUCAAAAGAGAAGAAUGUGCAUGAAAAUGCCUCAGAUAAACCUCAAAUCAUGACAAGUGCAGAAGUAAGCUUUAGAAAGAAAAGAAAAAGGAAGAGGAGGCCAAAGAAAGGACAUGGUGCUACUGAAAGCAAUGAUAAUCUUUCUGCCGUGCCAAAAGAUGCUUUUUAA